GCUGCUGCUGACACCCGGAGCUCCUGCCUGGCCCCGGAGCUGCUGCCGAGACCCGGAGCUCCGGUCCCCGGAGCUGCUGCCGGCCCCGCUCCGCUCCCGCAUGAGCCCGCUCGCCCCCGGCACCGCCUGAGCGCAGGUUGGAAAUGAUCCCUCGUGCCUGCAGCCUGCAGCUUCACAGGAAAUACCUGAGCAGACCUGGUUUGUAGAAGAGACACAGGUUCCAAGUCCCAUGUCACCACCUUAGAUCCAAAGCGCCGUCCCUGGCAGCUCUUGGAGGAGCAGCUGAAGGAUGCUGUGCAGGAGGAGAACUGCCUGAGCCUGCAGCAUGCCAGCGUGUGCCCCCGAGCAGUGCAGCACGGCCAGGUAAAAUCAGACUAUGACCAUCUUUGAGAAGCCCUUCUCAGAGUGACCAAAGAACGAGAUUUGGCUGUGAGGGGAAAACACCAGCUCCAAGCCAAGCUGGAGAACCUAGAGCAGGUCCUAAAGCACAUGCGAGAGGCUGCGGAGCGGCGGCAACAGCUGGAGCUGGAGCAUGAGCAAGCCUUGGCUGUCCUCAACGCCAAACAGCAGGAGAUCGAGCUGCUGCAGAAGGCUCAGGUUGAAGCUAAGAAGGAACAUGAAGGAGCAGUGCAGUUGCUAGAGAACACCUUGGACAGCAUGCAGGCCAAGGUGCGGGAGCUGGAGGAGAAAUGCCGGACGCAGAGCGAGCAGUUUAACCUGCUGGCGCGGGAGCUGGAGCGGUUCCGGCAGCAGGCGGGCAAGAUCGAGCUCCUGAGCGGCUCCUCCGUGGCAGCGCCCGGGCCCCCCGGGAAAGCCCUGGCCCAGCUGAUGAACGGCAUCGCCACCUCCAUCGGCAAAGGUCAUGAGAGCCCUUCUGGAAGUCGCUGUGUGAUCUCAGAGUUUAUCCGACCCCUUCAGAUAUCUGGAGACAAACCAGAACAGCUGUCUGUCAAACCCACAUUCCUGUCCAAGUCCAGACCUGGUACCCCAAGAUGCAGAUUUGAUUCAGACAUGGAUAAUGAUCAGAAUUCCAAUACCUCAAAGCAGAGAUAUUCUGGGAAAGUCCAUCUUUGCAUUGCCCGUUACAGCUACAACCCCUUCGAUGGACCAAACGAGAACCCCGAGGCGGAGCUGCCUCUCACGGCAGGAAAGUACCUCUACGUGUACGGAGACAUGGACGAGGAUGGCUUCUACGAAGGAGAGCUGCUGGAUGGCCAGAGAGGACUCGUCCCUUCGAACUUUGUGGAUUUUGUUCAGGACAACGAGGCGCGGCUGUCGAGCGCGCUGAGCAGCGAGCAGGACCAGAACUUCCUCAACCGCUCGGGCCCUCCUCUGGAAGGAGAGCGGGAGAUCAGCCCCCCGAGCCUCAUCGACUCCAGCCUGCUCAGCAACGGCGCGGGGACCCUGGACGUCAACAUCGACGAGAUCGGAGAAGACAUUGUGCCUUAUCCCCGAAAAAUCACCCUCAUCAAACAACUCGCCAAAAGUGUUAUUGUGGGCUGGGAGCCGCCGGUGGUGCCGCCCGGCUGGGGAACCGUCAGCAGCUACAACGUCCUGGUGGACAAGGAGGUCAGGAUGAACGUCGCCCUGGGCAGCAGGACCAAAGCGCUGAUAGAGAAGCUCAACACCUCCAGCUGCACCUACCGGAUCUCCAUCCAGAGCAUCACCAGCAAGGGCAACUCCGACGAGCUGCAGUGCACCUUGCUGGUGGGCAAGGACGUCAUCGUCGCCCCCUCCAACCUCCGCGUGGACAACAUCACCCAGAUCUCUGCUGAGCUGUCCUGGCUCCCUACAAACAGCAAUUACAGUCACGUCAUCUUCCUGAACGAGGAGGAGUUUGACAUUGUCAAGGCUGCCAGCUACAAGUACCAUUUUUUUAAUUUGAAGCCCAAUAUGGCCUACAAGGUGAAGGUCAUGGCAAAGCCCCACCAGAUGCCCUGGCAGCUUCCCUUGGAACAACGAGAAAAAAAGGAAGCCUUUGUGGAAUUUUCUACAUUGCCAGCAGGUCCUCCAGCUCCACCUCAGGACGUGUCUGUGCGGGCAGGGCCCACGCCAGGGACCGUGCAGGUGUCCUGGAAGCCCCCGGCUCUGUCGGCGACGGGGACGUCCCACGGUGCCAGCGUCACGGGUUACGGUGUCUAUGCCAAAGGGCAGCGGGUGGCCGAGGUGACGUUCCCAGCAGCCGAGGGCACGGCGCUGGAGCUGCUGCGGCUGCGUGCCCUGGACGCCCGGGAGGUGACGGUGCGGACGCUCUCUGCGCAGGGCGAGUCCGUGGACUCUCCUCCUGCUGCCAUUCCAGCUGACCUCCUGGUGCCUCCAACCCCUCACCCCAGACCCGCUCCCAAAUCGAAGCCAUUAGCAAGUGCCGGAGCCCCCGAAACCAAAGAAGAGCAGCUCGGGCCGCACGCGAGGAGGGACGAGCCGUGGGAGCAGACGCGCUCGCUGUCCCCCGCGCACGGACACACGCUGGAGCCGCCCGGCCUGCACGGCCCGCUCACGGGCAGGCGGUCCCCGUCCCCCAACAGGAUCCUGCCCCAGCCCCAGGGCGCUCCCGUCCCCAACACCGUCGCAAAAGCCAUGGCAAGAGAAGCUGCGCAGAGGGUGGCAGAGAGCCACAGGAUGGAGAGGAGGAGCGUUUUCAGCGAGAGGAGCAGCGUGGGGCCCUACUCGGACGAGGAGGAGGAUGGCUACGACUCCCCCAAGGUGAAGCGCAGGGGAGCCUCGGUUGAUGAUUUCCUGAAGGAGUCAGAGCUUGGAAAGCAGGCUCACUACUGCCUGGGGGACGAGUACCACACCGAGAGCAGCCGCGGCUCAGACCUGUCCGACAUCCUGGAGGAGGAUGAGGAGGAGCUCUACUCGGAGAUGCAGCUGGAGGAGGGCGGCCGGCGGCGCCUGAGCCUCACCUCGCACGGCGCGCUCAAGCUUUUAGGUAACCCAGCCUCUGCGGGACGGCCUGACAGGGUGGAGCAUGCAGGGCGAAGGUCCUCCCAUGGCAGUGCAGUGCCACAAAGGUCUCGGCCCCUGUUGGUCCCUUCCAUUGACGGCUACGGUGGUCAUGACCAUCUCUCCCCAGACCUUUAUGAGGAAUCUGAAACAGAUCCUGGCACAGAAGAUCUCUCUACUCGAAUAUUUGUUGCACUUUUUGACUACGAUCCACUGACGAUGUCCCCGAACCCCGAUGCUGCCGAGGAGGAGCUGCCGUUUAAGGAAGGACAGAUCAUUAAGGUUUAUGGGGACAAAGAUGCUGAUGGAUUUUACCGUGGGGAAACCUGUGCAAGGGUUGGCCUUAUCCCAUGUAACAUGGUCUCUGAGAUACAAGCAGAUGAUGAAGAGAUGAUGGAUCAGCUCCUUAAGCAAGGUUUCCUUCCUUUGAAUACUCCAAUUGAGAAAAUCGAGCGCGGCCGGCGCGGUGGCCGGCAGCAGCCGCUGACCACCCGGAGGAUGGUGGCCCUCUAUGACUACGACCCCAGGGAGAGCUCCCCCAACGUGGACGUGGAGGCCGAGCUGACGUUCUGCACUGGGGACAUCAUCACUGUCUUUGGUGAGAUCGAUGAAGAUGGAUUUUACUAUGGAGAGCUCAAUGGACAGAAGGGGCUGGUUCCUUCCAACUUCCUCGAAGAAGUGCCUGACGAUGUUGAAGUCUUUCUCUCCGACGCACCCUCGCGCUACGCCCAUGACACGCCCAUGAGAGCCAAGGCAAAAAGGAAGAAGAGUGUUCAUUUCACACCUUAAUAAGGCAAUGUAGCCUUCACGUAAGUGAGCAACUGAAGAUACCAAUAGAGAUUUCAAUUAAAGCUACCUGGCUAUCUAAUGCAAGUCUUGAAACUUAAUUGUGGGGGAAGAGAAAAGAAAUAUGUCUCCAAACCCCUUGGCCACAAAGAACAGGCUGAAUGCCUUUGCUGUACCUAGUCAAGGCCACUCCUUUCUUGGGAGACAAAUCCUUUAAAACAGGAACCCUCUGAAAUCGAUGGGCCCUCCCUUUCCCAAGGUCAGCGUUUGGAACAUAUUUCUUCCCGAGCUCAGUGUUUAUGUUUACAUAGAGAGGAGAGUUUGAUGUCUAACUGCCCUCCAACCAAAGCUGCAUAUUGCAUUGCUAGCCAAGCUGGGAUGUAAAAAUUCCAAGCUCCUGUGUCACGAGAAAAGCACAACAGCUGCAGCCCUGCAGAGCCAGCGUGAGGCUGGCACGGACGGUAGCUCACACGGGGAUAGUUGGUUCUGAAACUCACUGCACUCAAACUCACUGCUUAAAUUGUCUGCCUUAACAUGGGUUUUCCACAAUCGAUUAUUCCCCAGUUUGCCUAAGACCAACUAUUCAACACUUCUGAAUAAAAUCCCUCCUGUGGUACAAUUUACUCGGAUUUUCCUAGCGAGUGUAUGUUUGCAAUAUUAGCAACUGUUUGGUUUACCAAUGCAAUAAAAGUCUCGACCUGAAACAUGCAGCUCACUGAAUGAAUGCAUUAGACUCGAUAUCUGGUAUCUUCAGGUGUACGUUGGGGUGCUUUACCAAGUUGUUUUGGUUUGGUUUUCUUUUUUUUUUUUCAUUAGAAUUAGACCUUGAUUUAAAAUCAAAGUAGGCUUGAAGCCCCUUUGCUUAACUCACUGUUGAACAACAGGCCAGUAAAUUGCUGAUGUUUUAACUUGAACUAAAAGCUAGCAGGCCUCCCUACAGCAUGGAUUCUGCUAUGAAAAUAUCAUCUUAAUUGAUAGCAACCAUUUUGCCAGCUGGGCACUGUAGUUAGUCUAGGCUGAGUAUUUGUAAUUUUAGCAUUUUCAUCCAAGUGCUUUUAAUGACUAAAAAAAAAAAAGCUGUUCAAAAUAUUUAGGAAUGCUGUCAUCUAACAACCUCAUAGCUGCAGCAAACACAUCAAGCACUCAGGGCCUUUAAGCUUUCUUUGAUUGCAAUUAAGGUUCAUUUUAGCUUUUUCUUUUUCUUUUUUUUUUUUUUUUUUUAAGCCAAUGUGCCAUCUUCUCUAAUCUGUACAUAAAGUUUGCUAGCCCAUUUUAAAGAAAAGGCAUUUAAAGGACAUUAAAAAGUAAGUGAUCAUGUAGCAUUUUAAGUAAUUUAUUCUGAAAAGAGUUUGGCGUCUAUAGAUUGCUAAUCUGUAGUAAUUAACAUAUUUAUUUUUCUUAAAUCUAUAGCUGAACGUAUCCCUCUCCAUUUUAGUACUAUUAGUACUGAAAUGAAAAACCAAAGCCAAUUUUUUGGCUUUUGUGGCCAGAAUUCUGGCAAAGCAAGUGUAUCCAACUUUUCCUUUAAAAAGGUAUAACCAAAACUGGGCUUUAUUGGUGGGUUUUCUAUUUCUAUUUUAUUUCUCUAAAUGGAUGUAUUUUCCAUAAGCCCAUGCAGUACUUUAAGCCAGAGAGAAGUAAGAAACCAGCCCUUUUGUUUAAGUGGGUAAUGGGAGAGGUGAUGUUGCCAAGUUUCUUGCUGCUGAUGGCUUUGAAGCGUUCAAAGAUUGAAUAAAUGAUAACAAUGUACCAAUAGGUUCCUCCUGAGAAUACAGGUACACCCCGGAGAGCUCCAUCCCCCACAGUCCAUCUCCAUUCCGGGUCACCUCCGUCACCGGUGAUGGGCUCUGGUAGUCCCGGGAGAGGCAGGGAUAUGGCCUCGAAAAAGAAAAAGGGGCUGCUUUCCAAAGGCAAGAAACUGCUGAAAAGGCUUGGUGCAGUGAAAUGAGUCAUGUGCUCCUGGACAACUUGUAAAGCUUCCAGUCUGUGUACUUUUUUUUUUUUUUAAGUCAAAACUAGGGCUUUCAUGACUAUGCAGUACUUUACCAGACCUUUGCAUUUUUGACAUCAAUAGAAUCAUGCCAAUUGCUUAAUCAAAACAGUGAGAAAAAAGGGAAAUGGAUUUAUUGUUGCAAAAACAUUUUUUAAAAAUUAAAAAAAAAAAAAAUAGUUGUGGGAUUAAGACCAGAAGAACAUGGUUUUAUUUGAAGUCACCUCAACACCUACAACUCCAUUGGAAAAAUCUCAGCCUUUAGCCUCCUUUAACCAUGAGUGAGGGGAGAAAACUGUCCUCACUGAUUGCUAGUUCAGAGAGAUCACCCCACUGAUCCAGUCAUUAACAGAAAUGGUCUUGAAACUCCUAGUUAAAUCAGCCUUGAUGUUUGCCUUAUUAAUGCACAAUGAUUUGUACUGUCUAAUAAAUAUGCAGCGUAUCCUUUGUAUGUACUGUGUAUUCAGCUGUCUCCAUCCUCCCUCCACCACGGAAUUCCAGAUAAUGCUGUUACUGCCCCCAUCCAUGUCUGACAGCUCCUGGGAGAGUGGAAGUGCUGUGCUAAACGCUUUUCAGUUUUUGCUGCCCCAGUAAAAACCAAAGCCUUGUCCUGGUCUGUCAUUCUCACUCCACCGGACCCAGGCAGGGUAAGUUCCGCAGACCCUCACCCCUUUCAGCUCCCCAGCCUCCAGUUUUGGGGCUCCCUGUCCUAAGCCACUGGGAAAAACCAACUCCACAACCCCUUUCCACUCCCCCGUGUUUCCCUGUGGAGGUCCAGCCCUAGGUUAAAAGGCAUUUUCACACUGCUGCUGUCAGGUUGAGGCUAAAGUCCAUCCACAGUGCAAGGACAAACUGGGUCACAGCCACAGCCCACCCAGGGCUGCUGCAGGCUCCAAUCAAAUCAGAAUUCAACAUUGGCAUAUCACAAAAAAUAAUCCCACACACCGAUGGCAGUCAUUGGCUGUUACUAUUUUGUAAUUCUUGUCCAUUUGUAAAUUGUUUUUACUGUUUAUACAUACUUUUCAGACUGCCUUUCUUUUUGUAAUUUAUGGAAGGUUUAUAAAUGAAUGAUCAAAGCUUCCCCAUUGUGUCUUCAGAUAACAAUGUAAAUUACUGUAAAAUACCGUGUGCUAGAUUAUAACAUUUAAUUAAAGAAAAUAACUGGCCUACAGUUGUGGUAAAGUACUGUGUGGGUGUGUGCAUGUGUACAAUUGUUGUGUAUUAUAUUUUAUAUAAAUAAAUAAUUUGAUAUUUUGUA